GCCUGGGCGGGGGGAAGGCGCCGUGACCGCGCCCGCCCGGCCCGCAGCGCCGCGGUGCCGGCGGCGGGAGGAGCGGCCGCCGCGGAGCCAUGGGGCACCCGCCGCUGGAGUUCAGCGACUGCUACCUGGAUAGCCCCGACUUCCGAGAGCGGCUCAAGUGCUACGAGCAGGAGCUGGAGCGGACCAACAAGUUCAUCAAGGAGGUGAUCAAGGACGGCAACGCGCUCAUCGCCGCCAUACGGGGUUACUCAUCGGCAGUGCAGAAGUUCUCCCAGACUUUGCAGUCCUUUCAAUUUGACUUUAUUGGUGACACGCUAACAGAUGAUGAGAUCAAUAUUGCUGAGUCCUUUAAGGAGUUUGCAGAGCUGCUCCAUGAAGUAGAGCUGGAGAGAUCCAUGAUGGUACAGAACGCUAGCGAUUUGCUGAUCAAACCUUUGGAAAACUUUCGGAAGGAACAAAUAGGGUUCACCAAGGAAAGAAAGAAAAAGUUUGAGAAGGAUGGUGAGAAGUUUUAUUCUAUGCUGGAUCGCCAUUUGCAUCUGUCUUCGAAAAAGAAGGAAUCCCAAUUGCAGGAGGCUGACCUUCAGGUUGACAAAGAGAGACACAAUUUCUUUGAGUCUUCCCUUGAGUAUGUGUACCAGAUCCAGGAAGUACAGGAAAGCAAGAAAUUCAGUAUUGUUGAACCGGUGUUGGCUUUUCUCCACAGCCUCUUUACUUACAACAACCUGACAGUUGAGCUCACGCAGGAUUUCCUCCCUUAUAAACAGCAGCUUCAGCUCAGCCUGCAGAAUACAAGGAAUCAUUUUACCAGCACACGGGAGGAACUGGAAGACCUGAAGAAGAGGAUGAAGGAAGCCCCCCUAACCUGCAAGCUACCUGGGCAGCCAACCAUUGAGGGCUACCUGUACACUCAAGAGAAAUGGGCGCUGGGCAUCUCCUGGGUGAAAUAUUACUGCCAGUACGAGAAAGAGGCAAAAACCUUACGGAUGACACCCAUGGACCAGAAGCCUGGAGCUAAGCAAGGCACCUUAGACCUGACACUGAAAUCCUGUGUGAGGAGAAAGACUGACUCUAUAGACAAAAGGUUUUGUUUCGACAUUGAAACUAAUGAAAGGUCUGGGACCAUCACACUGCAGGCCCUCUCGGAAGCCAAUCGAAGGCUGUGGAUGGAAGCCAUGGACGGGAAGGAGCCGAUCUACCACAGUCCCAUCACAAAACAGGAAGAAAUGGAGCUGAAUGAGGUCGGCUUCAAGUUUGUGCGGAAGUGCAUCAAUGCUGUGGAAACAAAAGGAAUUACUACAGAGGGCAUCUACCGAACUGUUGGCAGCAAUAUUCAGGUGCAGAAGUUGCUGAACACCUUUUUUGAUCCAAAAUGUCCAGGGGAUGUGGAUCUCCAAAGUGGCGAUUGGGACAUCAAGACAAUUACCAGCUCACUGAAGUUUUAUCUCAGGAACCUGUCAGAACCCGUCAUGACAUACAAGCUCCACAAAGAGUUGGUCCUGGCUGCCAAAUCUGAGAACCUGGAUUACAGGCUGGGAGCCAUUCAUGCGCUGGUCUAUAAGCUACCUGACAAGAACAGAGAGAUGUUAGAGCUCCUCAUACAACAUCUUGUCAACAUAUGUGAGCACAGCCGAGAGAAUCUGAUGUCACCGUCUAACAUGGGGGUGAUAUUUGGACCUACCCUCAUGCGUGCACAGGAGGACACCGUAGCAGCGAUGAUGAACAUCAAGUUCCAAAACAUAGUAGUUGAGAUCCUCAUUGAGCACUUUGGGAAGAUCUACUCUGGCCCACCAGAAGACACCACGGCGCCACCGGUGCCUCCUCCAAGAGUAGCUGCCCGGCGGCAUAAACCCAUCACCAUUUCCAAACGUCCUCUGAGGGAAAGACCCAUCUUCUUCGGUGCUUCUGUGGAAGAAAGUGGAGCAGAGCGGCACAGCCAGACCCCCAAUGGCAGUAGCAGCACGGAGGUCCCCAAGCCACUGCUCCGCAGCCGCCUGCCUGCCCCACGGCUGGGGGGAGAUGAGCCGGGGCGUUCCCCUUCCGAGGGCCGGCCUUACCCACGCACCGAGGCAGAGGUGGGGAAGAUGGUGGCCAGGCUGCAGGAUGGAGGAGUGAAGCCGGCCAGUAAGGCAGCCAAUGGCGUGGUGGCCAGCCCUGCCCUGAGGACCUCCACACUCCAGGCCAAGAGACCUGCUCCCCGACCAGGAAUGUGCGGCAGAGAGGGUGAGUGCGAUGGUGUCCCUAAGCCACGAUCCCAUGGUGAUAAGCCUGUGAUAAUGCGUCCCCCGGUGAGACCGCCAGACCCACCAUGCAGGACUCCUGUCCCUCCAAAGCUGGAGCAGAGGCCAGAUCUGAUAGGGGGAACAGCAGAAGAGAUGCCUUCAUCUGUGGUGGCCUCUAGGACAAAGUUCUUUGAGACAGCUUCCCGAAGAACAAGCAAUUCUUCAUCACCACAAGGCAGGAUCCCAGGUGAUGAGAGCUGAGACUAAAGACUUUGUAACCGUCUCAGCCCAGCUGGACCCAGGAGAUUUUCUGUGGUUGUGAAAUGGAUGUGUCACAGCUAAGACUUUUCCAGUUCCAGUGCCCCUGGAGAGCAGCUAUCUUACCGGACGAUAAUUUCAGAGCAUGCUGUCAUAAGUGGCUCAAGAAAUUAGAAGAGAGUGAGAUAAGGAUGGAGAGAAGACCCUACCCACACAUCUGUGUUGAACUGUUCCCAGCCCUUCCACCUGUCAUCUCCCGCAGGCUGUGAAGGAUGCUCAUGUGUGGCCUUACAGGUGUUCAGCAGCGUUGGCAGGGCUGUGGAAAGAACACAGCCUGGACUAGAGUGGCCAUUUACCUGCUCACUUUUUGGGAAAUGUACCUUGGCAAGGGUGACCUUAGACAGAUAUUGGAGUCAAAACACAAGGGGCUAACUUCUUAGGCUUGGAUGCAAGGGUAGAGCAACCGGAGUUUGGGUUGGCCCCUUGCCACAAGAAGCUCCUUCCCUUUAUGUUCUGUUUUCCUUGCUCAAUAAGCUAUAGUGUGCUGUAGUGUGUUUUUUUCAGUGUGUAGGAGAGCAGCAUCUGUUACUGGAAAUGCUGCUGUGCUAAGGCAGGCAGGACAGGAAUUGAGGGGACCAUCAUCCUUAGCUCUGCAGGACAUCCUUCAUCUCCUCCCUGGCAUCAGCCUGCCCCUGUCCUGGAAAACCAUGCUGGCAGACAUGGCUGUGCCAGGGGGGCUUUGCCUGCCUGUGCAUUGGCAUUCCAGUUGGUGCUGAUCACAUCAUUCCAGUUGGUG